GAGAGAGAGAGAGAGAUAGAAGAUUUAAUUAACUGUAGAAAAAGAAAACAAUUAUUUAACCUAACAAACUGACUGUAUAAAGUAGAUAUGACACCUCAAUUGCCACAGGGAAUUACGUGCAAUAAAACACGAUAAAGUAAAUAAAGAGAUGAAUAAAGCAGAUAAAUGAAUGAAUAAAUAAAAAGACAUUAGGAAGCGAAAAGAACCAAUGAUAAAUAAAUACGUGGAAGAACAAAUAUUUACGUGGAGAGAGAGAGAGAGAGAGAGAGAGAGAGAGAGAGAGAGAGAGAGAGAGAGAGAGAGAGAGAGAGAGAGAGAGAGAGAGAGAGUGUAAACUGUAAAUAUAUUGAAUAGAUUAAACAAGGAAAGUAGAACAAAGGAGAAAUUGUUUAUUGAAAGACCACCACCACCACCACCACCACCACCACUACUACCACCACCACCACUACUACUACAGGGAGAGAGGCGUGAGGGAACAUGGCGGGCGAGUGGAGUGAAGGUGUGACGAGGGGCAACGGAACAACAGGUGACGCUAAUGACUCAGGUGGUGACGAAAUUACCUGUCAUCACAACCACAUCCCCACCGUGGCAGAGUACAGCAAAGCCAUGGGGAUAUACCACACUGUGCUGGUGAGUGUGGCGGCGUGCACGGCGCUGCUGCUGUACCUGCUGUAUGCCUUGCAGGUGCACCACACUCUGCUGCACGUGCAUAAUGCCUUCAGGAAGCACGUGCUGUGGAUCACCAUGUCUUGUCCGUUCAUGUCACUGAUGGCCGUGGUAGAAGUGCUCGUCCCGCGCGCACACAAAGUAUGCAAGGCCUUGAAAGUUACGUACUUGUCGCUAACACUGAGUCACUUCAUGGACCUAACUAUCGCACUGUUUGCCAACGAGGAGGCGAUGUUAGCAAAACUUAGUGACAAGCAAAUUAAUCUUCACGUGGGGCCUCUUUGCUGCUGCUGCCUGUGCCUGCCCUCCCCUGCUGUGACCAAGACGCGCCUGAGGUGGGUGCGAUGGGUGCUGUGGCAGAUGCCCUACACGCAGGUCGUAUACUUCGUGGUGGAGAUCAUCUGGACCAUCGCCAACACCGACCACUUCGGCAGGCUGGUCAGUAACUUCAACACGGUGUGGAUCACGCUUCUGAGAUUCGUCACUAUCAUAGCAGGCAUAUAUGGACUGAAUAUUCUCCUCGCCCUCACCCGCCACGCCCUGGACCACUACGGCUACCAGAGGAAGUCGUUUUCUCUCAAGGUGCUGGUGCUCGCUACUCAGUUACAGAGCUUCUUCCUGGACGUCCUCUCCUCGUUCUCCGUGUUCCCCUGCCUCUCCCCCUACAUCCCCUCCAAGGUCUUCGGACAGACCCUGGAAAGCGGCUUGUAUAUACCAGAGAUGCUGCUGAUUGGCCUGUACACCUGGCGGACCUACGCGAACCUACAGUUAGAGACCACGACCAAGGAUCAAGAAGAAGGAUCGAAUGCUGUUCCCGCGCUGGAUAAAGGAUCGAAUGCCCCAACACACGAGAUCCAAUCCAGUGUCCCGGCCACUCCUAAUACUCAUGUCGGUUCUUCUUCUAACGCCUUCUUUCUUCCUUUCAUGUAUCCUACCUCAUCCUUUCCUCCUGUAUUGCCUUCCACUUUUCGUCGUUAUUCCGUUUAAGUCUCCUCUUUCAGUAGCUGGGAGAAGACGGGGGAGGGAAAGGAGUGGGAGGGACCAAGGGGAGUGACGUAAGGAGGGAGACGAGGAAGGAAAGGAGAGAAUGGAAUCUUAGUAAAAUGCAGAAUGUGAUAAGGAAAACAUGUUAAAUGUACAAUGAAGGGAAAGAAAUUACAAAGUUAAUGUGAAUGAGUUACACAGUUACAUAGUUACAUAGUUGGUGUCAUUUUUGUUACUCUGAACUCUGAACUGAACUCUUUCUUAUUUAUCAAUGUCUUUCUAGCAGUACGGGCACCAUGCUUCAACGCAAUAUUCCAAAAGAAGACGGACUAAAAAGUCAUACAAAGUGAAGAUUGUAUCCUUAGAUUUAUAUUUAAAAAAUUUGUCGAUUAAGCCAAUAAUUUUAUUCGUUUUCUUUACGACCUCUGAACAUUGUUGUCUAGGUUUUUGGCUACUCGAUAUUGUUACUCCUAAGUCAAUUUCGCUGUCAGCACUUUUAAGUUGGGUACUAUUUAAAAUAUACUUUGCUUUCUCGUUUCUAUACCCUGUGUGCAGCACUUUCCCCUUAUCUGCAUUAAAACUCGCUUGCCAGGUUUGCCCCCACUUUGACAACUUUCUAGAUUUUUCUGCAUUUCCAUUAGUUGUUCGUUAGAGACUACAGAAUUCGCUAUUCUGGUGUCAUCAGCAAACUUCGAUUUUAUACUGGUAACACCCUCACCUAUGUCGUUAAUAUAAACAAGAAGGAGAACAGGUCCCAAGGUUGAUCCCUGUGGCACCCCGCUGGUUACGUUAGUCCACUUGGAUGAUUUUCCAUUUAUUACUAGCCUUUGUUUACGGUUGUUUAGCAAGUUUUCUACCCGUCUCAACACGUCGCCUUGGAUACUGUGUGAUUUUAGUUCAAUCAGAAAACGUUUGUGGGGGACUUUGUCGAAGGCCUUUUGAAAAUCAAUGUAUAUUAUAUUAACUGCUUUACUCUCGUCAUACUGGUUCAGAACAUCACAGAAGUCUAAGAGGUUUGCCAGAGAAGAGCGUUUGUUGCGGAAGCCGUGUAGAAUAUUUUUAAGUAAGUUGUUUUCCUCUAAGUGAUUAACGAAUUUAUCUCUUAUAAGUGUUUCUAGCAUUUUGCACACGACCGAGGCUAAGCUAACGAGGCUAAGCUAACUGGCCGGUAAUUGCAUGGUAAAUAUUUAUUGUCUUUUUUGAAAAUCGGAGUUACGUUAGCAAGCGUCCGCUCAUCAGGCACGGUACCGGACUGCAGGGAUUCACUGAACAUUAAGGUCAAGGUUGGACUAAUUCACAUUUAUCUUCUUUUAAUACGCGGGGUGAGGUCGUGUCAGGCCCGGGUGACUUCCUUACUUUGUUGAGUUUAUCGAUGCAUUCUGACACGUCAUUCCGUUAUAUUGAUGCUGCUUAGGACAUCGUUGUUAUUAAUUUGGUAAGAGUGUCACUGAGGUCUUCUGCUGUAAAUGCUGAAGCGAAGAAAGUGUUUAGAAUGUCACUAAUUUGCUCUUCAUCGUUAAUCAUGGGUCCAGUAGUUGAAGUAACCACUCUCCUCUGUCUGAUGACGGUAUAAAGUUCCUUCGGGUUCGUCUUACUCUGGUUGGCAACAUGUAACUUGGUGGACCUUUUGCUGUGUUUCAUUUACUUUGCUUUACUUUGCUUUACGUCUUCACUCUACGAAUCUGGUGCGUUCUUCGUUAUUACUGAAAGAUUUUAAUUUGUUAUGGGCGUCCCUCUUGGCGUGUAAGCAUUCAGCUGUUUGUGUGUUCCACCACUAAGGCUUAACGUUCUGAGUGGGAUGAUUUUUCACAGGUACGCAUUCUUGCACUGCUUUUAAGUAUCUACCCGUGAAAAGAUUCCGUUGAGUAUUAAUGUCUGUGGUGGUGCGUGAGUGACUCCAGUCGAUUUGGUUAAACACUAAUUUGAGGCUACAAAGAUUUGUUUUUUUCUGUUUUCUUUGCCUAUAUUUGACUCGUCAGCCAUGAAGUUUAUAGUGAAGGUGACUGCACGGUGGUCACUAUUACUCAACUCCUCACCGACAUUCACCUUUUCUACUAGUUCAUCAUUCGUAGCAAGCACGAGGCCGAGGACAUGGUUAUCACGUGUCGGGUUUUGCACAAAUCGAGUAAGUGAACUUUCUUUUAAGUUAUCAUACAGAUGGUGUCCGUGGCGUGAGGUGAGUGGUUCGCCCCAGUUCGUCACCGAUGUAUUAAAGUCACCAAGGAUUAGGGCGUCGCGUGUCACUUAUCUUGCUAAUGUGAUUAAAAGUGUCACUGUCGGCAUGGACUGGCUGGGCUGGCGGUCUGUACAUAAGACCUAAUGCUAGUUUUGUCCUGUAUUAAUUUUUUUUUAAUAAUGUAAAUGGUGCAUCUAUGUUUGCAAUAAGGGAUUCUGAUGAGAGAAUUGGGUUGAGGCCGGUUUUGAUGUAGAAUAAGAUGCCGCUUCCAUUUUAAUUUACACGAGAGAGAGAGAGAGAGAGAGAGAGAGAGAGAGAGAGAGAGAGAGAGAGAGAGAGAGAGAGAGAGAGAGAGAGAGAAUAAAAACUUGUUAAACUUCCAUUAGAAACACGAAAAGGCACUUGAAAACCCCAACAACAUCCACCAAACUUGAGAAAGAUGCAGAAUUCUCGUCAAAACACCAAAUACAGCAAAACACGCUUAUAAUUCCCGACAGCAUCCGCUAGAACCUUGAUGAACUACCACAAGAAUCAGAAAACCCCAGUAACAUCCAGAAGACUUAAUGAAUAUGUAGAAUUUUCGUCAAAACUGCCACUGUACAUAUCAAAACACACUUGCAGAUCCCAGUAACUCCCACCAGACCCUGUUAAGAGUCAAGACGAGCCACUGAAACGCUCAAGAAUGCAGGAGACACCCGCCACCUCCUAAGGAAAAGAUGAGAAAUGCAGUUUAAUAUUAAGAAAUGCAAAGUGCUUGUAGUAGAGGAAACCCAAACAGUAGGUACACAAUAAACAACGAGGCUAUGUAUGGUUCAGCGUACGAAAACGAUUUAGGAGUUAUACUUAGCUAUGAUCUCCAGCUAAGAAAACAAUGCAUAGAAGCCAGAAAUAGGGCAAAUAGUGUAUUAGGAUUAAUUUUUACGAGUGUUACAAGUAGAAGUCCCCAAGUAAUAUUAAAGUUAUAUUUAGCGCUGGUCAGACCUCAUCUAGACUACGCUGUGCAGUUCUGGUCUCCACAUUACAGGAAGAAUAUAGGUCUAUUUGAGUCAGUAAAAAGGAGAAUGACUAAAAGGACACAUGGGAUGAGGGUUAUUCCUUACGAAACAAGACUAAAGCUGUUAAUAUUUACAUUCCUUAGAGAGACAUAGGUUAAGCAGUGACCUGAUAGAAAUCUUUAAGUGGUAUAAAGGUUGGAACAAAGGGGGGAACGACGUAAGCAAAAUUUUCAGGAUCCGUAACCAGAAUCGAACAGGAAAUAACGAGUUCAAGCUUGAAAAAUUUACGUUUACGAAAGAGAAAGGUAUGAACUGGUUUUCAAAUGAGUGGUGGAUGAAUGGAAUGGACUCAGUAAUCAGGUUGUUAGUGCUGAGUCAUUAGGGAGCUUUGAAAGUUUAAACAGAUACAUGGAUGGGGAUGAUAAGUGAAAAUAGGCAGGUAUGCUUCACUGAGGGCCUGAUACGUGUAGGCCUAAUGGCUUAUUGUAGCUCCCCUUGUUUUCUUAUGUUCCUAUGUACACGAGGCAUAAGGGUGACGAGCUUGCUACAGAGGGGGGCUUCAGUAAACAACAUCUGGCAGGGUUGUUGUCAGAAUGUUAAGUCUCCCUCGCUUCGCAUACAGACUUGCUGUAUAAAUAUGAAUUGGUGUGUGUGUGUGUGUGUGUGUGUGUGUGUGUGUGUGUGUGUGUGUGUGUGUGUGUGUGUGUGUGUGUGUGUGUGUGUGUGUGUGUUAUUAAAUGUUAGUUCUUUCUUGUGCCUUUUUAUUUGUUUAGAUUUUGUUAUUCAUGUAUUUAUUUGUUUAUUUUUGAUUGAUUGUGUGAUGUUUGAAAAUUCUGAUGUUUUAAUGACUGUCAAGAUAUCGUUAAAGAGAGAGAGAGAGAGAGAGAGAGAGAGAGAGAGAGAGAGAGAGAGAGAGAGAGAGAGAGAGAGAGAGAGAGAGAGAGAGAGAGAGAGAGAGA